AUUUCACCUUUCAUAAAUUUUGACGUUCCUUUUUUACCUCAAGUCAAUUUUUCCUUUUUCAUUUUGGUUUUAAAUCGCUAUAACGAGGAAUGGAGAUCGAUUCAUUAACCCCAUCCGUUGCUAAACAGAAAAGGAAACAAAAAAAGAAAACGAAAACCAUUUCGAACGAACGAACGGCUGAAGACACUGCAAAGGAGACAUCUCAGCCAAAACAAGAAUCCGAAGAAAAACUUCAGCAGCUGACUGAAUGUCUUCGAAUAAGUGAUUGUGAAAUUCUGACGAAUGGAGACAGUGAGAAGCACAAUAACAAUGUGCCCUGUGCCAAUCAGUCUUGUACAGAUGAACAGAAUAGUUGUAAUAGCCAAAGUGAGAUCAAUGUCGAUGAGACUAUUAAUUUAAUUAAAGAAAACCAUACGGAACCGACGCACAACAAUAGUAUAGAAACAGUUUGUAAUGGAAUAGCACACACAUCACCAUCACACGAAAUGCCAUCGACGAGUUUUGCAUGUCGACAAAUUGAGCCGAUGGCUACAGCGUCUGCCGACAGUACAGGCAGCACAGUGAAUAAUCCAAUACCCGAACAACAGGACAUUGUCUACAAGGUUUACGAAAGUGAACUACAAAUGCCCGAUAUUAUGCGACUCAUUCAGAAGGAUUUGUCGGAACCAUACUCCAUUUACACGUACCGAUAUUUCAUUCAUAAUUGGCCAAAGCUAUGCUUUCUGGCAAUGCAUGGCACAACAUGUGUCGGGGCUAUCGUAUGUAAGUUAGAUAUUCAUCGGCAGCAAAGCAAACGCGGCUAUAUUGCUAUGUUGGCUGUGGACAAGGACUAUCGAAAGCUUAAAAUUGGUACCAAUCUAGUGGCGAAGGCGAUUCAAGCGAUGCUAGUUUACAAUGCUGAUGAAGUCGUUCUGGAAACGGAAAUCACAAAUAUCCCAGCCUUGCGAUUGUACGAGAAUCUUGGUUUUGUGCGGGACAAACGAUUAUUUGGCUAUUAUUUAAAUGGAGUGGAUGCAUUGCGACUGAAGUUGUGGUUCAGAUGAGAUCGAUUACGUACUUCGUUCGUGUAACAUAUAAUUAAAAUUGCGACACCUUUAGCUCUAAACUAAAUCUAAAACAAAACAAAAAAUUGAUUGGUGUGAUCGAAUGGACAAUUUUUUUAUUUAAUUUUCGUUUUUAGUUUGUUCCAUUAUAUCUCGUAUUGUUCGUUAAAUUGAUUCGGAUUGUAUUUUCUUUUCUAUUUUCUUCGGCUUUUACCAUCCGUGCAAUGUUCCGAUUGUAAAAAUCAUUAGUCACAUUUGCAAUUCGGAAACAUUUUGGUUUUUUUCCGAACAAUUAAGCUAUGAGUGAAUUAUAAAUUGUGCGAAAUUAUUUGUUUAAACAAUUAGAUGGAAAUAGAAACGAUACUGCACUGAUGAUGUGAAUAUUAUAUUCGGAUUUGGAACCUAUUUUUGGUUUUGCUUGCCUUGGAUUUCCGUUAUAAAUUUGAUUUGAUUGAAAA